AUGUUCAAGCAAGAGGGCAAAUGUGACUUUGUUCCUCCGUUAGAUCUUGAUGAGUUAGGAAAUUCUGUGGCAGGUGAUGGUCAAGGAGCUAGGAAAAGGAAAAAUCCAUUUGAAGGUUUGGAUUCCUAUCCCAAUGAACUUGAGCACCGCGUUUUGGCUCUGUUAUUUAUUAUUCUUAUGGGAAAGUUGAAACUGUUAUUUAGGGAAAUAAUACAAUUAAAGUGUCCUUCUCUUUUACUUUAUCGACUACGGAAGUUUAUCUUGCCGGUUGAAGCACGAGAUUGGAUUGAGACCACUGUUAGAGAGGCAUGGAGAAGAUAUAAGCACAAAAUUAAGAAGAAUCAUUUUUUGAAGUAUUCCAACAUGACCGAGAGACUCAAAAAUCGUCCGCCAAACGUACCAAUAGCCCAGUUUAAGAGUCUUUGUGCUUAUUGGAGUAAGGAAAGUAUACAAGUAAGAUUAAUAAUUUUUUUUAUUGGAUGCAUCGAAUGGGUCCCAAAAAACUUUGCUUUGACUCGUGAAAAAGUGCGUGAAAAGGAAAAAAGAGAGCCCACUCAAUCAAAAAUGUUUGUUGAAACUCGAAAAGGAAAUAAAGGAAAGGAACUGGAUGUAGAAACUGGAAAAGUAAUUUCACAACUUCAAGAAAUGGUUGAAAAGGAGGAAAGUGAUACAAAAGCUUUUAAAGUUUUUUUUGGAAAGGAGUGUCCAGGCAGGGUACGCUGUUAUGGGAGAAACAUAACUAAAACUUCCUUAAAGAGAAAGGCGGAGAUUAAUGCUUUGAAACAAGCCCACAGUGAAGAGGUCUCUACAUUAAGGGACGAGUUUCAAGAUAAGAUUGAUAGAUUGCAAAAUGCUUUUAAGACCUUAAUACAACAAUGCAAUCCUCAAAUUAAUAUAGAGUCAAUUGAAGAUUUGUUAGGAUUAUCUCAUGGAGAUGCUAAUAGUUCCCCAAAGGAUAUAAGACCGCAAAUGCAUUCAUCUACAUCAACUCAUGCUCCAUGUCAUGGAAAGCAAUGUAUCAAUGAAGAUGUUGAAAAGGAUGAUAUAAAUGAUGAAAUUCAAGAGGACGACAUAAAUGAUAAAAUUCAAGAGGACGACCUAAAUGAUAAAAUUCAAGAGGACGACGUAGAUGACGAAUUUCAAGAGGACGCCAUAGAUCUAGAUGAUGAAUUUUAA